CCAAGGUGGUACCAGUACGACAUUUAUCGCGUCGGUGCGAAAUAAUACAUAAUCAACGGUUUAAUUUACGGGAAAGUGCUGAUGUGUGCAUUUGGAAUCAACACCCCAGGGAUUAUUAGGACUCUAAAUAUACAAAUAGAUCGAUUAAUGGGUGGAUUUGUGAAAGGCUUGUGCAAAGUUGAAUAGGAGGAGGUGUGGAGAUUCGUUAAUUGGCGUCAAAUACGAUAAUUAGGAAGGUAAGAGAAUGGCCAAUGGCACAACAGCAUAUCCUUUCCGUGGUAGAAUCUGAAAUAAACACCGGAAAGGAAAAAGGAGAUCCGACGGAAAAGGACCUCGCUGUCACGCUGGACGACCGGGAUCUCUGGAUCAGAUUCCAAUGCUUCACCAAUGAGAUGAUUGUAACGAAGAGCGGAAGACGAAUGUUUCCUGUAGUGAAAGUGACGGCGUCUGGUUUAGACCCGAAGGCGAUGUACACAGUUCUCUUAGAGUUCGUUCAAAUUGACCAACAUAGAUGGAAAUACGUGAACGGUGAAUGGGUACCAGGGGGCAAAGCGGAAGUACCUCCAUCUAAUCCGGUGUACGUCCAUCCGGAGUCACCCAACUUUGGAGCGCACUGGAUGAAGGAAUCCAUUUCGUUCGCCAAAGUGAAGUUGACCAACAAGGCGAGCAGUGGCGGCGCGGCUGGGGGCCAGAUCAUGCUCAACUCGCUGCACAAGUACGAGCCUAGAGUGCAUUUGGUUAGAGUUGGUGCGGAGCCCAGGAGGGUAGUUACAUUCCCAUUUCCAGAGACACAAUUCAUCGCAGUGACCGCCUACCAAAACGAAGAAGUAACCUCUUUGAAAAUUAAAUACAAUCCCUUCGCGAAAGCCUUUUUAGAUGCCAAAGAAAGACCGGAUAACCCGUAUUGCCAUCAAAGGGAAUUUCCAACUAGCUAUAGCCAACAACAAUCGCAAUAUACACAAUAUAGUCCCUGGUUCUUACCUCAUCAGCCAGUGUAUGCUUCGCCACCUCAAAUGUCGCCAUGUCAGUUCAGAUCUAGUCCCACUUUAAAAAGACAUAAACCUGCACCUUACAAUACUCAAAGGCAGAAAUCAUCAUCUGUAUCUCCUCCUCCACCUCACAUGUACACUCCUCCCGAGCACAUCCUGCACCACCAAGCCAGUUCCGGACAGCAACAACCAACAGCAACGUUGUACAGCAGCACAGCCUACUCUGGCUGGAACGGAUCCGUGCCAUCUCAAACCCCCACCACCUUGGUCAACUGCUGGACGUUGACCACCAGCUCGCCACCAAAUUCUCAGCCCACGGCUCAUCACCAAGCGGUGCCACCUGUGCCUGCACCGCCUACGGGGCAGUCACCAACACACCAGAUAUACCAGCAUUCCCCAAUCGCCAGCAUCACCAACCUAAGCUAUCCAGGCUACUAUGGGGACGUGACAUACCAAGCCCCCGAAUAUCUCUCGGUGGUCAACUCGGAUGUGACUUACACGCAGAUUGGCAGCAGUGAAAGAUCACCAGCUGUCGUCUAUCAAACAGAAGCGUUGCAGAAGAGCGAUUAUGAAAAUAACACCAGUAUUGAAAAUAGUGAUGAUCGUUCUGGAUCAGAAAGUGCGAGUCCUAGACAAGAGCAGUGGGUGGCAUUAGGUCAACUUCAUAACUAAUGCAUAGCUAGGAUUUUGCAAGACUCAUUCAAUUUCGUAAAUAAAGAAUAAAUGUUUUUUCUGCAACUCUGGUUUUGGGACUCCUCUGGAAUGUUGAGUAGUAGAGAAGAGAGUCCCCUAAAUCUGGUCUCACGCCUUAACGUGCCCUAAAGUUAGGGUAUUUUAAGAAGGGCAACAAAUCCUCAUAGAUGUGAUGUGCCAAACAGCCUUAUUGCAUAGUAAUUACAUUCUUAAUUGAAAUAGCGAAAAAACAAACUUAUUGUUUUACGUGAUAACUGCAGGCACGAUUGCGAUACAGUUGGUCCACUAGUAUUUUCAUACAAAACCUAGGAGACAGGAUCAAGCGAUGUUUACGCUUCGUCAUACCAUCUAUUUAUAUAGAAUUCCACAAUAUUUUGUUAAAUAUUCUGAUAGAGAUCAAUGCAAGACCGUCGGCAAUAAUUCGAAAUUGUUUGAUGACACAAUGUAUAAGAAUGAAACUAUUUUCAUAAACUGUCCUAUUAUGUAUGUUGUAUAUUAUUUAUUGGAAUAAAUUA